AUGUUGCAAUCCAGUGCGACCUUGGGUAGACGGCUUUUCCCUACAAGGCGGCUCCCCAACCAGCUUUGCAAUUCCGUGGAAUGUCGGUUUUUGGUAUCAUCAUCAAAGACUGGAAAGAAAGGUGCAAUGAAGCGACAAAUGGAGAAAACUUCAGCGGACGGUGAACCAUCGCAAGCAGCUUCGGAACGCGACGCGACCUCUGCUCAAUUCACGAGUGAGAAACAAGUCAUGGAAUCUUCUACAGGUUACUCUUCAGCUUUUUCGAAUCUAAAGGCAGAGUCGCCUAAGUCUCAUUCAAUGAUUGACUUUUCACAUGGGCUUGAAGAUGAUGGGUGGCGAUCGAACAAGAUUUUGGAUAGACUGGAUCAGCCGGAUCAGCUUUCCUUCGAAAAAGAAGCAAUGUUCGAUCCAGCGAUUCAUUUACCAUAUGCACCACAGGACUGGAAAGGUUAUGAGGCUGCUACACCAUUGUCUGAGUUUCUAUUCCAGCGGAUUGGAGUUUCGGGCCAGAUCACUACCGCCGAAUAUAUGCGUCACUGCCUCACUAACCCUAUGCAUGGAUACUACACAAGACCGGCGACGACGCUUGAAAAAGAGUUAGAUGAUGAUGACUGGAGUGACAGCGAGGACGAUGUUGCCGAACAGUCUACUGAUGAUUCUACUAAGGAUGCCUCAACUAUUUUCGGAUCAAAGGGUGAUUUCGUUACUGCACCUGAAAUCUCUCAUGUUUUCGGUCACUGUAUAUGCGUUUGGCUAGUUACGCAGUGGCAGUCGUUGCAAAAGCCUUCGAAGGUCCAACUUGUCGAACUAGGUCCUGGGAGAGGAACACUCAUUUCAGACAUAGUCCAGCUUGCUACAUCUUCAAAAUUGUCCGAUUUUGGGGAAGCAAUUGACUCCAUUCACCUUGUCGAAGCGUCUCUUGAAUUAAGGCGGCAGCAAAAAGAGGCGCUAGAAAAUGCGUUAGGGGAGCUGGUGGACUUCGAUUUUGUGAACCCUCCAUCUAUCAAAGGGGAGGAGGACGAAACGAAAGAAGCAAAGACAGACAAAAAUAGCCCAACGAAGAAGUUUUCAAUCCGAGUAGAGUGGCAUGCCGACUUUUCAUCUUUUAGUUUCAAACGAGACAGGGAUUUGCCUGUGAUGAUGGUAUUACAAGAGUUCAUUGACGCACUCCCCGUGCAUGUUUUUCAAAUGACUGAGGAGGGAUGGAGAGAAAGAUUGAUUGAUGUUGUCUCUGGAGCAGAUCCAAAACCAGAAGCGGACAAGUUGCAACCACGGCUACGACAAGUACUGGCACCAAAUGUCACUCCCGCAGUAGAACUGUUUCUAGAGUCCGCGAACUAUCACAACCAACCGGUUGGAACGGUUGUGGAAGUCUGCCCCGAAGGAAUAAUGCUUGUCCAAGAUAUUGCGAAAGUUUUGAAUGAAAGUGACGGAGCUGCACUUAUCUUUGAUUAUGGACAAGAGGGUACAGGCGACACAUUGAGAGCCUUUUCCAACCAUAAACAAGUCCAAUUGACUUCGUCUCCAGGACAAGUCGACAUAACUGCUGACGUGGAUUUUUUUGCUCUCAAGCAAAGCAUCAAGGAUGGUGAAACACAAGGAUUUGGACCUGUCACACAGGGUGAGUUUUUGAUGCGAAUGGGUGCUGGGGAUAUGGUUAUCAAGAAGAUCGAAGAGCCUUCAACGACAGAGGAAGAAGCCGUCGCUUUUUCAGAAGCAUUGAAAUACCUCGUUAUGCCGGAGAACAUGGGUGAGCGAUUCAAAGUCCUGGCUGUCGGAAAGAAGAAGGAGGGAAUUUUCGCACCUCCUGGUAUGGAAACAUAA